AAUAUGAAUUGUAUUUGUAUUUACUAUUUUGUAUACAAUAUAAUAUAUAGAGAUACAGAAGAAGAAAAUCUUUUAGAAAGUGUUAUAAUUAAUGUGAGUUCAAUGUAUUAAAAUUAUUUAGUUUAAAAAUAAAUCAGAAUAUUGCGUUAUACUGUUUAUAAUAAAAAAAAAGAUAAGUUUACUAUAAAUAUUAACAAACAUGAUGAAGACUAAUCAUUGUACUUAAAAUGGGUACUUGUUGCAGUCGUCAUUCACCAGAUCCCACCCAUCAUCUGGUUUUACAUCAUGGUUUCAAAAUACAAGAUACGAUAGAUGUCUUGAAUAAAGGAUCCAGUGAAGUGCGUUAUGUGGCUGAUUUGAAUCGUCAACAUGGAACAGCAAGUAUUAAACGCCAUGGUGUUGACAUUAUACGAACUCCAACAUCAACACUUCAUUCAUCUUUACAUGGACGAAUUGUGGUUGCUGUUUAUAAUUACCAGUCCAGGGAGAUGUCUGAUGUCUCAUUUGUUAAAGGAGAUCGCAUGGAGCUAUUAGAUGAUAGUGAACCAGAUUGGUGGCGUGUUAGACAUUUGAGAACAAAUGAAGAAGGAUUAAUUCCUUGGAAUUUUGUUGCUGAAGAAAAAUCAGUUGAGAGUGAAGAUUGGUUUUUUGGAAAAAUAUCUCGUAAAGAAGCGGAAAAACUAUUAUUAUCUGAAGAAAAUCAAAGAGGAACAUACUUAGUACGCGACUCAGAACACAAUCCAAAUGGCUUCUCUCUAAGCGUUAAAGAUUGGGAAGGAGGUCGAGGAUACCAUGUGAAACACUAUAAAAUAAAAUCUCUAGAUAAUGGUGGUUAUUACAUUGCUACUAAUCAGACUUUUUCUAGUCUUCCUGAACUCAUAUCUGCCUAUUCAAAAAAUUCAUUGGGAUUAUGCCAUGUUUUGGCUCGUUCAUGUUGUAAGCCACAACCACAGAUUUGGGAUCUAGGUCCUAAUUUACGUGAUCAGUGGGAAAUAGAUCGUAGUGAAAUCCAAUUAAUUAGAAAACUUGGCCAUGGUAAUUUUGGUGAAGUUUGGUAUGGUAAAUGGCGAAAUAAUAUUGAAGUAGCUGUAAAAACACUUAAACAAGGCUCAAUGUCUACUCAAGCAUUUUUACAAGAAGCUUCUAUAAUGAAAAAGUUUCGACAUGAUCGACUUGUUGCCCUUUAUGCUGUUUGUUCAAAAGAUGAACCUGUACUAAUAAUACAAGAAUAUAUGUGUAAUGGAAGUUUAUUGGAUUUUUUGCGAAAUUGUGAUAGUAAAUAUUUGCAAUUUGGUGAUUUAAUCUAUAUUGCUGCUCAAGUUGCUAGUGGAAUGGCAUAUUUGGAAUUAAAGCAAUUAAUUCAUCGGGAUUUGGCUGCAAGAAAUGUAUUGAUCGGAGAAAAUAAUAUGGCUAAAAUUUGCGACUUUGGUUUAGCUAGAAUUAUAGAAGAUGAUGAAUAUUGUCCUAGACAAGGUACUCGAUUUCCUGUAAAGUGGACUGCACCUGAAGCUAUUGUCUAUGGACGUUUUUCAAUUAAAUCAGAUGUAUGGUCUUUUGGAAUAUUACUUAUGGAAUUAUUUACAUAUGGACAAGUCCCAUACCCAGGUAUGCAUGGCCGCGAAGUCAUUGAACAAGUGGAACAUGGAUAUCGUAUGCCAAAGCCAGUUUCUCAUUUUAUCCCUGAUGAUAUUUACAGACUUAUGUUACUGUGUUGGGAUUCUGAUCCAGACAAACGACCAACAUUUGAGUUCCUGAAUCAUUAUUUUGAAGACUUCACUAUUACCUCAGAAAUACCGUACAGGGAAGUAAGUGAUUAAAUGAUCAAUUCUAACACCAAUACCCAAAUGUGCCAUACUGGGUUGCUGCAAGUUCUUAAUAUUGUCAAAUUAGGAAAAAUGUGUUUCAUGUUUAAAUGGCUCACUAAAUUAAACAAUAUUAAUUUUAAAGAAAAUCAUAUAUCUUUAACUAUACUUACUACUUUGGUUUAUCAUUAUUUAACUAACUAACAAUUAUUUUAUUUUUCUUAAUUUUUUAGAUCUCAUUUUGUUUUGUUUUGUUUUAUUUUAUUUAUUGUACUUAUUGAUUGUUGUUAUUAUUUUUUCAUUAAAUUUUGAAUCUUAAAAACUUCACAUUUUGCCAAAUUUAACAAUUUAAGAAAUUAUUUUAAUUUUGAACCUUGAGAAUAUUACCACUUAUAUAAUAUAUUCAUAAAUAAUUUAAAUUGAAUGAAUUUAUAUAAUAUACAAGUAUUAAAACAUAUUUUAUCUGAUGAUUUCCAGUAAAUAAUUUUAUUCUGAUUUUUUGUUAGACAAAAAAAUUUAUAAAAAAGAUGCAUCAAACUUGUAAUUUAAUAAAUUUAUUCAUUUUAAAAUUCAUCUUGUAUAUAAUACUUACUAUACUUAAUUAUAAAUUAAAAAUAGUUUAUUUUAUACUGUGUCAUAAACAACUUAUGUUUAUAAAUGUAUUUAAGUAAAAAGGAAAGAGUAAUAUAAUAAUAUAAUAUAAUCCUAAUGUAUUGAAAAAAAAAAUGUAUUUACGUACACUGGCAAACAAAAUUUUAAAGUAACAUGUAUAAUAUUAAUAAAUAAUGCAUUUAAUUUUUUAAUUUAAUCAUUGCAUUUAUAAUUUAGAUUGAAAAAUUAUCUUCUAAAACAUAAAAUUAUAGGUUAUUUUAUAUAUCAAUGGUGUUCAUGUGCAAUUAUAUGAAAGAAUUUUUAACCACUGUGUAAAAAUUCUAAAAAAAAAAAUUUACCAUUUUUUUAUAAAUAUAUUUAAUAUUCUUAAUUGUACUAUUUUAUAUCAUCAGUAUUAUUAAAUAAAAUAACCAUUAAUUUAUACCAGCUUAUUAUCACAAAUUCACAGCAUAUAUACAAGUUUUUAAUAAUUUAUGAAGGUUUAGUUAAGUUAGGUUCAAGUCUCACUUAUGUAUUUUAAGUUCUUUAUUUUUUAUCUUUAAACAUACAAUGACAGUAUUACUGUAUUCAGUUAAAUUUUACAUAAGUAACAUUCAAUUUUAAAAUUAAACAUAUAUCAUUUUUGUAUACAUUUUAUUGUACAAAUAAUAUAAAAUUAAAUAUUGAAUGUACCAAUAAACUUUAGUUAUGAAAAGUAACUUAAGUUUUGGAAUUAUUAGACUACAAAUUCUUGAAUAUAUCUAUACACAAAAACUGUAAUGCACAAUUUGCAAUUUAAAUAAUGAAAUUAUGCAACUAAUUAUAUUUUUUCAUUAAUAAUUAUUAAAUAUAAAUAAAUAAAUAAAUAAGUAACCAACAAUUAUAACAUUUUAUAUUUAUUAUUAAAAAUGGCUUUUGUUGCUAUAAAGAAAACUGUUGAUUUUAAAUUCUUAUUAAUAACUUUUUCUUCAUUUUUGUAUUUGAGUUACAUUAAAAAAAUAAUUCUGUAGAAUAUUUUCUAACUACUAGUCUUCUACAUGACACACAAAACCUUAAUAUACAGUUAUAAAUUUAUAACAAGACAAAAUUUUUAUUAAUUAAAGUUCUAGGGUAUGUUUUAAUCUGUGAAUUAUUUUUUUUAAAUGUGGACAUAUGAAUACAUUAAAUAAGCAUAAUUUAACUCUAAAAAUAAAUGUAUCAUAGUAACAUAAUUAAGGUUUUUUUAAAUAACAUUAAAAUAAAUAAUUUGUUAUUUUUCCUGGCUUCAAAAAUUUUAACUUUGUUCAAAUACGAAUCCGUCCUAUAAUACAUCUAUAAAAAAUAAUUAACCUAACCUGCAGGCUUUAAGCACACUUAUAAUAUGAUAUAUUUUGUCCUAUAUGUAACAGAAUCUUGUUUAUGGCCUACCGGUAUUAGCAAGUUUAAUAUGUGACCUACUAAGAUGAUUGAUAUGUAUUACGUAGCAAUAACUAUAUCCAUUACAUAAUAUAUUAAUAUAUUCUGGUAUUUGUUAUUUUAAUGUAAUAUCAGAUGAAUAGAGCUUUGUUUAAUAGAUGAUGAUCAUCAUAAAACAAUCAAUUGUAUGAAAAAAAGUUGUGUAUCCAACAAUAGGCUCAUACAAAAGUUAUUAAAAGUAUGAAUUGUAUAGACUAUAGGACACCAAAUUUAUAUAAAAAAACAUGAACUACUAUGUUGCAUGGGCAUUUAAUUGAGGGAUGGUACAGAAAAAAGAGUACUUCUUAAACUAUAUCUUUUAAUUUUAUUAAUAGUAAUAAUUGUAAACCCAGUUAUAUGAUUUUUUUUAACUGUGACUUUUUACACUAAUAGUAAUUUUAAAUAAUAUACAAAAAUAAUGUGGUACAAACAUAUUUGGUAUACAUUUUUAUUUUGUUUUAUGUCUAAAAUUGUUUUUUUUUUUUUUUUAUAAAAAAUACAUAAUUAAUAUUGGUAAAAUUUGUGUGGUGUUGUUAAAUAUAUUAUUUAUAAUUAUUAAAAAGAAUGUUUUGAUAGGUCACUAUUUCACAUACAGAUGAAAAUAACACUGUCUGGUAGGUCACAUAUAAAAUUAAUAUUUAUAUAAUUUUUAUAUUUUUAUUGUUAAGGUAAUCUUUCUCUAAAAAAUAUUAAUUAUUAAAAAAAAUAUAUUUCAGGUUGAAAAUGAUUAUAUGUAUAAAUAAAUAUUUUUUUUUUAAAUUUUAAAUUAACAGUUAUCAUUCUAAUACAAAAAAAAUAUUAUGUAUAAGAAGUAUAUCCAGAAAUUAAGUUCUGUCUCUACUACAACUUCUUGUGGAUUUUGCAUGGGACCAGUUUGAUCCUAUAGCCUAGACCUGGCACCUAGUUAUUUUUAUCUUUUUUAUAUAUGAAAUUAUUUUCUUAGUGACCAAAACUUGCAUGUGAAAGGUGUUAUUCACACAUGGUUGCAAUCAUAGGCAUCAUAUUUAUGUUGAAGGUAUACAAAAACUAGUGCUCCGUUAUAAUAAGUGCUUAAAGAAUGAUGGCAAUUAUGAUGAAAAAAAAAGCUUAUAAUAAGCUUAUUUAUACUCAACGUUCCAAUAAUUUAUUUUUAAAUAUAUAUUUUAUUUUUUUUUUCCCUACAAAACUUACUUUCUGGACAUACAUAUUAUACAAUAUGUUAGCAUAAAAAUUAACAAAUCAUAUUUUUUAUACUUGACCAUCUGUCAAUUAAGACAUUUUAAUAAGAUAAAUGAUUAUACUAUUAUAUAAAUAUUUAUAUGAGGCUAUAUUAAGAAUAUUAUAUCUUUUAAAAUCAAUAACGAGACAAUUAAUAACAAAAUAAAUAAUUUAUUAAGUACAUAAAAAAUAAUUAUAAUUAUUUAUUAAUUUUUAUUAUUUUUUUUUUAAUUUAAUAUUUUGCUAUUUACCCAGUAAACAAAUUAUAAUAUUAAUGUCAACAUCAUUGUUUUCUUAGAAAGCUUUAAAUAUUCACAACAUUUUUACUUAAAUUCUUCAGGAAUGAUAUAAUUAUCUAAUUUCUAAAAUCUAAUAUUUUUUUUUUGUACACUAACGUAAAUGAACAAUUAUGGAACAAAUAAUACAAUUAACUUUCCUGUACAAAUGUCUACUGAUUAUUCUUGUGUAUCAAUUUAUAACAGUUUCACCUAUUCCCUUGAAUUUUGUGUUGAACAAAUCAACUACUGUCUUUGUCAUCAACUUUUAUUAGCUAAUAAAUAUUUGUUUGAAAGGUCUCUCACUAAUUAUUAUAAUGAUAUUUUAAUAUUUAAAUAAACACAGUUUUAUGUCAGUUCAAUGAAAUCAUCAUCGUAUAUAUAUAUAAGUUAUUAAUUUCAUUAUUUGUUGUAAAUUGAACAUUUUUUUCAUAAAGUUUAAAUUAGUUUAUUAAUAUGAUAAAAUAUUAAUUAUCAUAUAAUCAUUAAAAUGUUUUUACUUUAUUUAUAAAGUACUCUGUAUGUGUGUAGAUAUAUAAAUAUUGGAGUAAAGUUCUCUAAAUAAUAUAUUAUGUAUAAUCUAUUUAGUAAAUUACCCAUGACUGUAUUGACAUUGAAUGUUUGUAUAAAAUAUUGUACUGAACACUUUUUUUAUUCUACAGAAUACUGAGUUUUUAUUAUUUUAUUACUCUACUAGUCAUCUUACAUUUAAUUAAGGCAAAUAUUAAGAAUUAAAAUAAUAUUUAUUUAUUUUUAUAUAAAAACAGUUAAUACAGUUAAUGAUCUUAAAAUUAGAAUCAACAAUAUCAUAACAAUCUUAGAUCAGUAUUUUUAAUAUCAUAGAAUUGUGUAAAAAUUAUUUUAAACUGGUACAUUUUGUAAAAUAAAAUGUAAAAAUAUUCUGAAUAAGUUGGUUUUUGGUUAUUAACUUUUAGUGAUGUACAUGGUAUAAGACUAAAUAUUUGUGCAUGUGGAAUAGUUUUAUUAUUAAUUAAUAAUAAUAUUUUUAGUAAAAUUUUAUUUAUUACCAAAUUUUAAUUAUUAUAUUAGAAAUUAUGAAAUAUUUUUUUUAAUCUAAAUUAAAAUGUAUUAGUUGUUAAGUUUAAACUAAUUAAUUAUUAAUUUUUGGAUGGUUAAAAAAAUGAUAACUAUACUGAAUACAUCACUAAAGGUUAAUAAUUAAAUUUAUUCAAUAAUAUUUCUUAUGAUUCUUAUUUUAUUCCUAAAAUAAUUAUACUUAAUGUCUGUAUUUAUAUGAUUAUUUAUGUAUCACAUUAAUAAUAAUAGAUGCAUUUUUUAUUUAAUAAAUUUUGUCAGUACUCAUUUAUAAACAUGUUUAUUUUUACCAAAUAUUUUACUUAUACAAUGUACCUACUACCUAUAUACUAAUUAAUUAUUUUAAUAUAAACAAUAAUUUUGUGUGCAUUUUUAAAAUAACUUGUUUGAAUAUAUUGUGAAUUUUCACACACUAUAAAGCAAUAUUUGUAUUUUUAUACAUUUUAA